AUACACGAAGAUCUGGUAUCAUUCAAAACCCAAUUGAUUAUAUAGACAUGCAAUACAACAUAUAAAAGAAGUUAACUGAGCUGACUGUCCAUUAGUGACAUAGCAGUUGUCUUCACUUCUCUUAAGUUUUUAAAAAGAUUUAGUUCAUUAAACACUUAAAAACAAUGUCCGGAAUCGCCACCAAAGUCCCGUUCCUUACGCUAAACGAUGGCAAUCGGAUGCCAAUUAUAGGUUUAGGCACUUAUGAGGCACCGCCCGGUGUCGUUGAAAAUGUUGUUCGGGUUGCCAUCGAUGCCGGCUAUCGACACUUUGAUUGCGCCGACUUUUAUGAGAAUGAGCACGAAGUCGGUCAAGCCAUCAGAGAUGCCAUACGAGAUGGCAAAGUCAAACGGGACGAACUGUUCAUUACAACAAAAGUGUGGCCCAAUUGGCACGGAAAAGGUAGACCAACACUGAGCGCUAAACGUAGUCUCAAAAAUCUGGGCCUACCCUACGUUGAUCUGUUGCUUAUACAUUGGCCGACACCACUCAAACAAGUUGACGACAACUUCUAUCCCACUGAUGCCACGGGACAGGCAUUGUUUGACAACACCAUUGAACUGAUCGAUGUCUGGAAGGAAUUCGAACAAAUAAAAAAAGAUGGUCUGACCCGAUCUAUUGGUGUCUCAAAUUUCAAUUCACAACAAAUUGAAGACUUGAUUAAAAACUCGUCAACUGUUCCAGUGGUCAAUCAGGUCGAGUGUCACCCAUAUCUAAGUCAAGAGAAAUUGUUGAACUGGUGUGAGUCGCGUGGCAUCAAACUGACCGCAUACUCACCGCUGGCCAGGAGUGGUACUGUCGAAGAAAAGAAUACAACUUCACCGUUGGACAUACCGGUCAUCAAACAAUUGGCCUCCAAGUAUGGCGUGAGUGCGGCCGCUAUUUGUAUCAAAUGGCAAACACAGAGAGGUGUCAGUGUUAUACCUAAGAGUGCGACCAAAGAGCGAAUCAUCGCAAACAUUGAUUUAUUUAACUUCAAUUUGACAGACAGUGAGGUUAAGGCCAUCAAUGACCUGAACAGAGACUGGAGGAACAACACAUGGACUCAAUUUGGCAUAAAUAAGCACAGAAACUGGCCGUUUGCCAUACCUUUUUAAUUUUUAAAAAAAAUUAAUUUUGUUUUUUUUUAUUUUUGUUUAUUAUUAUAUUUUAUAAAAUAUAUAAUAAAGGAGAUUAUUUUUA